UGACCGUUGGAAGCACAACUUCCAACGGUCAACAAUUAAAUGCAAUCCGCGAUAUUAAAUCGCGAAUUGCAUUCUAUAAAAUGGGGGCUCACAGCCCUCAUUUUUCUCACACCGAAACAAAUAUCUCUCAAUUAUAAUGUCUCAAGCGGCGGUUUAGAGCGGAUUUUAUUUUUAUGGCGGUUCCAUUAGAAAUUUAUUUUUGAAGAGUUUUAUUAUUUUAGAACUAUUGGAGGAGGACUACAAGAGUUAUGGCUGCCCGACAGGAGUACUACGAUCCCGGUCCUGUAGAGACCGAUUUGUUGACCAUGCAGGAUGAUCACGUUUCAUCGGUUGUUUGGGACAACCCGGGGGAGUUGAGACCAUUGGGAUCGCGUAUGAGUCUUGGACUUACGCCCUUCGACAGUAUCCAUCCUCGUAUCCGGGAGGGGGUCGUACGGACAGGGUUGUCUGGUUUUAUAGAGAUGAGACAGUAUCAGGUAGAUAUGUCUCUGGUGACUUCCUUAGUGGAGAGGUGGAGGCCGGAGACCCAUACCUUUAUGUUACCUGAGGGGGAGUGCACAGUCACACUACAGAACGUUGCCAUCUUGACAGGACUGCCUGUAGAUGGAUUUGCAGUUAUCGGAGGUCCACAUCACGACUACCAGGGCGUCGGCGUAGCCCUUUUGGGGAGAGAGUUAGAGUUGAGCGGGACGACUUCUGGUUCUUCGUGGGUAGGGACUGGGUGGUUAUUCGAGCAGUUCCGUCAUUUUCGAGAGUUAGACGACGACGUUUCAGAUAUGGAGGUGGAGUGGGCUGUUCGGGCUUAUCUCUGGGCCGCUUUGGAUGGUCUGUGCUUCACUGAUUUGAACAGUGGACAUUUGGGGUUGAGGAUUUUACCACAUUUGGAGGAUUUAGAGGAUCAGCGAUCCAUCAGUUGGGGAUCAGCCGUGCUUGCCCACCUGUACCACGAGCUUUGCAUUUGUUCUAUGGCUUCACAGCACAGACGUAACAUCGGUGGCGCCCUUUGGAUUUUGCAGCUUUGGGCUUUUGAGCGUUUGACGCCGUUACGUCCCCGUUACGCUGCGCUUCCCAUCACACAGCAUCUUCCUUUAGGCGACAGAUGGGCGGGCCCUAGGGAGCGUCGGGUCCGAGGGGCCCCCAGACACGAUUUGUCUUACUUUAGACUCUUGCUUGACAGGCUGCGUUACGAUGAUAUUGUUUGGCAGCCAUACACCGACGAUCUCCUCAGAUCCACACCCUCCCUGUACCUUGCGGGUUCACAAGUUUGGCGUGCUCGGGUACCCUUGAUUUACUACAACAUUGUGGAGUAG